AUGGCCGGCCUCGGGAAAGGCAAGCUCUCGCCGACGGCCUGCAGGCCUCUCUUCUCCCGUCCGUCUCGCGGUUCGUCCAUCUCGUCGGCAAAGGCGAUGAACACGUUGCAUCCGUCGGCGAGAGCGGCGCCGGUCUCUCCGCUCUCCGCCCUCCCCCCCGGCGCUCUCUACCGGUCCCUCUUCGUCCACUCCGUCUCCUCGCGCCCCUGGCUCCUCGGGCCCGCCAUCUCUUUCCUGUCCUUUCUCUGCCAGCCGAAAAGGGGCUUCCUCGUAGACGUCAAUCGCAACAAGGCGCUCGCGUGGAUCAUGAAGCAAACCGUCUACAAGCAGUUUUGCGCCGGAGAAACGCUGGCCGAGACGAAGGCGACGAUGAAGGGCAUGAGAGACAUGGGCUUCCGGGGCACCAUCAUCACGCUCGCGACGGAAACGCUCUUUGACCACGAAAAGAACGCGGCACAUGGUCUGGGCGUCGGGACAGCCGGAGUCGAAGCUGGGUCGGGACACUGUCCGGCCAUUACCUCCUGGCUUGGGAGGACUCUCGGGGCCGUUGGUCUGCUCGGCGAAGGAGACCAACUGGCCAUCAAACUCACCGGCGCCGGACCGCUCGUGACGGAUGCCCUCGCCGGUCGGGAGCGACUACCGAAGCAGAUGCUCGACGCUCUCGACGAAAUCAGCGUGCUGUGCAAGCAAAAGCAGGCGAGCAUCCUCAUCGAUGCGGAAUCUCAGCUCUACCAAUUCGGCAUCUUGGACGUCGGCCUCGACCUGAUGCAACGGUUCAACCGAGAUGGCCACGCCGUCAUCUACAGCACCUACCAGGCAUACCUGAAGAGCACGCCGGCGACCAUUGCCCAGCACCUUGCCGCCGCGGCCGAGGGAGGGUACACGCUUGGGCUGAAGCUCGUCAGGGGUGCCUAUCUGGCGACAGACAAGCGGAGCCUCAUGCACGACACCAAGCAGGAUACGGAUGACGCUUACAACAGCAUCGCGCUUGGAGCGCUCCGCCGCGAGCUCGGGGGAUUCGGCGGCGAGGGCAAAGUCGACUUUCCCUCGGUCCACCUCAUGCUCUGCGGACACAACAAGGAGAGCGUCUUUGCCGCCCACGCGCUGCACCAACGUCGCCUGGACCAGGGACUCCCCACCGUGCCCGUCGGCUUUGCUCAGCUGCAGGGCAUGUCGGACGAGCUGAGCUUGGGUCUCCUUCUCCGGCGCAAGGAAGGCGAAGCGUCCUCGACGAAGGGGCCCGACGUCUACAAAUGCUCAACGUGGGGCGGCUUGGGCGAGUGCUUGGGUUACCUCGCUCGAAGAGCAGCGGAGAACAGGGAUGCGGCGUCGAGAACGCAAGAUGAAUACAGGGCACUGAAGAGAGAGAAUCGUCUGGCCGUCACGCAACUCGCCGAUAUCGUUCGUCUGGCAGACCCAGUGACCGGCCCGUCUGUCCGUCCGUCUGACCUCACCUCACCACUCCAUCUCCCACCACCUCUCCAUCUCCCACCACCUCUCCAUCUCCCACCACCUUUCCAUCUCCCACCACCUCUCCAUCUCCCACCACCAUUCCUCGUCCUGACACGUCUCCUCUGCACGGCUCUUGUCCUCGAUCCCACACGUUUCAUCACCAUGGCGUCCAACGGUGCCGUCAAGACAUCGUCGUCCAUCCCUCGGGUGCCCCCGGCGGGUGUCUGGUGUCCAGCCGUGACGUACUUUUUGCCCGACUCCGACGAUAUCGACUUGGAGGCCCAGUCUCUCUACUUUGCCCAUCUUGCUCGCUCCGGCCUCACGGGCCUCGUCAUCAUGGGCACCAACUCGGAGGCCUUUCUUCUCACGCGCGAGGAGCGGUCCCGAAUCGUCUCGGCCGCCCGGGCCGCCGUCGGAGCCAACUUCCCCCUCAUGGCCGGCGUCGGCGCCCAUUCGACGAAGCAGACGCUUCAGCUCGCCGAGGACGCGGCCAAGGCGGGCGCAAACUACCUCCUCGUCCUGCCGCCGGCCUACUUUGGCAAGGCGACGACCAUGGCCGUGGUGAAGCGCUUCUUCGCCGAGGUCGCCGCCAAGGCACCGCUGCCCGUCGUCAUCUACAACUUCCCCGGCGUCUGCAACGGCGUCGAUCUCGACUCGGAAACCAUCACGGACAUUGUACGUCAGAGCGCUCAGGCAAAUCCCGACGGCAUCUCCAACGUCGUCGGUGUGAAACUCACCUGCGGCUCCGUCGGCAAGAUUACUCGUCUUGCCGCGACGUUUCCAUCUGACGAGUUCGCCACGUUCGGGGGACAGUCCGACUUUCUCAUCGGGGGGCUCGCCGCCGGCAGCGCAGGAUGCGUCGCCGCCUUUGCCAACGUCUUUCCCGCCCUCACCUCCGAGAUAUAUCGGCUCUACAAGGCGGGCCGGUUUGAUGAAGCCAUGCGGUGGCAGAGGCUGGCGGCCCUGGCGGAAAGCCCCUGCAAGAGUGGCAUCGCGGCCACCAAGUUUGCCGUCGCCUGUUACUCGGCCAAGCUGGCGGGCAUCGACGACGCCGAGCGAAAGCUGCGGCCGAGGCAUCCAUACGAGGAGGUCGCCGAGGCCACCAAGAUGACUGUGAGGAAGACGAUGGCGGCAGCGUCCGAGGCUCAAGGCUCGCUGCAAGGUUGA